AUGCAUCUGCUGCUGUUGCUGGUGACGUGGGCGUGUCUCGUUUGCCAAGUGUUUGGCGAUAAUGUCUCGGACUUUCUGACAAAAAUUCCAGACUGCGCGGGGAGUUGUCUUAUUGACCUCGUAUCGACGUCGACUUGUGGCAUUGACGUACAGUGUCUUUGCGCCGACCCGAAACUCAAGACGCAGGUAUUGAGCUGUGUUCAGAAGAAAUGCCUCCCGCGGGACGCAUUAGCGACGCUGAAUGUCACUUCCGUUGCCUGUGAGUUUCCCGUACGAGACAGACACGCGCAAUUCGAUAUCUUGGCCAUCACCUUGAUUGCAAUCACGGGGAUUGUGGUUGGCCUCCGCGUUUGGCACAAGCUGCACUACGAGAGGAAGUUUCGACUGGAUGAUUAUCUCGUCGUAGGAGUCUUUGUGCUCGAUUUGGGCAACACUAUUGUUUGUGUUCAUGGCCUUUCAGGUAAUGGUCUCGGUAGAGAUUCAUGGCUUUUCAGCCCAGAUACUAUCAACAGCUAUCUCUGCUACAUCUACAUUGGUCAAGUCCUCUACGCUUCCGACGUCUUCCUGACCAAGAUUUGCGUCGCCCUUUUCUACCUCCGGAUCUUCCCCGUGGCAAGCGUCCGACGACUGAUAUGGGGUACCAUCGCUUUUUCGGUCCUGGGCAUGAUCAUCUUUGACAUCCUGGCCAUUGCGCAAUGUCGGCCGAUUAACUUCUACUGGACAGGGUGGGAUAAGUUGCAUGAGGGACAUUGUCUUGGGGUUCAGCCGUUGGCUUGGGCCAUCGCAGCUGUCGGUAUCAUCUUGGACGUUUGGAUGUUGGCCAUUCCUAUUUGGCAGUUGGUUCAGUUGCAGAUGAAGUGGCAAAGGAAGCUUGCUGUAGCUAUCAUGUUUACGGUCGGCACUUUUGUCACUAUUGUCAGUAUCUUGCGACUGCGAUACCUGGUUGCCUUUGGGAACUCUCAGAACCCAACCUGGGACAGUUUCGAGACCUGUUACUGGUCCGUUAUCGAAAUCAACGUUGGACUGUGGUGUGUCUGUCUUCCUGAUCUCCGAAUGCUUAUCCUUAAGGCAUUCCCAAGACUUGGAAGUUCUGUCGACUCAGGCCCUAAGAAUCCCCACCAAGGAUCAUCGGCACCCAGGCAGACGGGUAAAACUCCGAAUUCCUCGCGUCAUACCGAGAGCACCAUUUACAAAGGAACGCCGGUUCAGGCCCAACAGGAGGCUUCAUCGAGCACGGCUGAGCUGGUCGAAAUGACAACAUUUAUGAAUGAUAGUAGAAGUGUAGUUUAG